GGUAGGCCAAUUUUUCUUCAGUUUUGAAGUCAACGGUCACCUACCCAUCGAUGGGUACAAGCUUCCCAUCGCUGGGUGGGAGGUUGACUUCCAAACAAGGAAAGAAUCAACCUUUAAUGACCACCAACGGUCAUGCCUUCCCAUCGAUGGUUUACCCUUACCAUCGCUGGGUUCCCAUCGAUGGGAUAGGUCUCCCAUCGCUAGGCAAGGUUGUUCUGCCUCGUGAUAAUUUUGCACCAGGGCUUUAACAGCGAUGGGUGGAACUCCCCAUCGCUGUUUGGCAUGGUUCUGGAAACUGAUUUGGCUGAGGGGCCGCUUACCCAUCGAUGGGAAGAUCUUCCCAUCGCUGGGUAGGUGGUUUAGUCAGGAACCCAUGAGUACGAUUCAAGACCUAUUGGUGCAGCAAGGUCUUGAUCAAGCACUAGAGGAGGAGAAGCCUACCUCCAUGAGUGAGAGCGAGUGGAGUAAAAUUCAGAGGAGAGCUGUUAGUACUAUCCGGUUGGCACUUGCUCCCGAGAUUAAGUUUAGUGUGUUGAAGGAGACCACACCAAAGGCAUUGUGGGAUAAGCUCGAGAGCAUCUAUGCGUCAAAGUCGCUGACGAACCGGUUGUGUUUGAAGAUGGAGUUGUACUCGCUCAAGAUGGAAGAAGGAGGUAAUCUUCAUGACCACAUCAACAUGUUUAAUCAACUAGUAUGCCAGCUGAUGAAUGCCGAUGACAAGAUUAAAGACGAGGAGCAGGCGUUGUUGUUGUUAGCAUCAUUACCGAAGUCCUACAAGCCAUUGGUGCAGACAUUACUUGUAGGAAGAACAACUCUCACGGUUGAUGAGGUGACUGCUGCUUUAUGUGAGAGUGAGAGGAUGAUGAGGAAUGACACUAACAACACAGGAGGUGAUCGCAUACUAGUUGCAAGAGAGUGUGGGCUAGGGAGGAACUCACCGAGGAGGCAUGAUGAUCCUAGAGAGAGAUUAAAGUCUAAGGUGCGUCGAGAUCUAAGUGAUAUGGAAUGCUACUAUUGUAGAGAGAAGGGUCACAUGCAAGUAAGAUGUCCUCAAAUGAGGGAGGACUUGAAGAAGUUGAGAGAUACGUCGCAAAGGAAGGGUGAUGGUGACUCCCACACGAAUGUGGUCAGUGAUGCUUAUGAUGGAGAUUUGUACUUGGCAAUGGGUGAAGAGGUUGCUAAGUCUGAGUGGGUGAUGGAUAGUGCUGCCUCGAUGCAUAUAUGCCGAGAUCAAGGUUUGUUCGACACCUUGAAAAUUGAUGGAGAAUUUGGUGACUUCAACUUGGCUAAUGGUAAGAAGUUGAAGGUCAAAGGUAUUGGAAGCGUGAGGAUGAAGCUUCACAAUGGUGCAAGCCACAUUCUUCGUAAUGAUAAGAAAUAUAUUGUGGAAGCUUCGAAGCUGAAGGAAAGGGUGAGGGGUUUGUUGCAAAAAGAGGGGAUAUUAAUAUUGGAACAAUUGGAGCUUAUUGAUAUUCUUCAAAGACUUGGGACGUUUAAGAUGUUCAUGGACGAAGAAGGAAAAUUUGAGAAGAGGCACGGUGAGGAGGACGUGAAAGGAGUGUUGAGUUUGUAUGAGGCUUCAUAUCUUGGAAUGGAAGGUGAAGAAAUUCUUGAAGAGGCCAAACAUUUCUGCACACACCACCUCAAGAAAUACUCUAUGCUUCAUACUGGUGCGGGUGGUGGUGAUCACCAUCAUGAAGAAGAAGCGGGGUUGGAGGAGGAGAUAAAACAUGCUUUAGAGAUGCCUGUGUAUUGGAGGAUGCCGAGGCUCGAGGCCAGACACUCCAUCGACAUGUACGAGAAAAGGGUCAUCAAAAAGGAGGAAAUUGUUGAGCUGGCAAAACUGGACUACAACAUGGUCCAGGCCCUGCACUUGAAUGAGUUGAAAGAGCUGUCCAAAUGGUACAAAGACAUUCAACUGGCACAAGUCAUAGGAGGGUUUGCUAGAAUCAGAUUAUUGUCGUCUUUUAUGUGGAGCGUCGGGUUGAACUCCCAACCCAAAUAUCUGUAUUGCAGAAACAUUUUCUCAAAGGCUGUCGAGUUUAUUACAAUGCUUGAUGAUAUCUAUGAUGUUUAUUCCACCUUACUUGAAGCCCACACUUUGACGGAUGUCAUCGAGCGGUACUGGGCAGGGCUAGCAAAAGCAUACUUGGUGGAAGCAGAGUGGUUCCACGGUGGACACAAACCAAGCCUAGAAGAGUACAUGGAAAAUGCGUGGGUAUCCAUCACUAUUCCGGUACUGCUAGUGGAAGCCUACGUUGCCAUGGCGGUAGAAACUGAUGAGAAUAACAAAGAGAACAAGAAGACAAUAGAAGAAGAUCUUCAGUUCCUGCUCCAAGACCAGACAAUCACCCGAUACUGCGCCAACAUAGUCCGCCUCACCGACGACCUGGGGACAUCCUCGGACGAGAUGAAGAGAGGAGAUGUCCCCAAGGCGGUGCAGUGCCACAUGAACGACAACCCUGGGUGUUCCGAGGAAGAGGCGCGCGCCUUCGUGCACCGCCUGGUCGGCGAGAACUGGAGGAAGAUGAACGCCUGGGUUUUGGCCAACGGGGCGGCGGUCGCCGGCGGCCGCCGCUUCUUCCCGAUUUUGCGCGAACCUCUCAGUGCUUUUACCAAUACGGAGAUGGUCAUGGGUGUGAAGGUGGCGUCGCCAAGCAACGCAUGUACUCCCUCUUCUUUCACCCCAUUCCAUAGUUAUGAGGUUCUUCAAGGUUUUCUUUUCGGUUCUUUCCUUGAUGCCUUUAUUGAACCGAUAAAUUAGGACUAUGGUUUUUAACUCUUCUCUAAAUGUUGGUAUUCACGUAAACAAGAAAUAUUCUUAAUUUAAAUCUUCUCUGUUUUCUCUUGCUUAUUCAAUAUGAUUAGUGUCAAUUACAUUAGUGUUCUCAUUGAAAGCGCGAUCACAAAAAAAUAAAAUAAAAGUAUAAUC